AUGAGCUACAAAUUAACCUUCAGCGUAUAUAUAUACUAUACUCAGUAAAUAUAUAUACGUAACUCACAAACCUACACAAAAAGAUAAAGAGAGAAAGAGGAAGGAGAGAACGAAGGGGGUAGAGACGGAGAGACGACCGCUGCCGGAAGGGAAGGAGAUCGCGGGAGUUAGCCGGUCUAUCUUUCACGCCGGAGGUAAAGGGAGGAGCUAUAGCCGCUGCGUCACCGGAGUGGGUUGCUGCCUCUGAAGACCACCGUCGCCGAGAAACUCCCCUACAUACCUUUCCACCGUCCGUCGUCCGGAAGAGAAGGUGAUUAUUUAGAGAUUGAGUUAGAGGAGGUGAACUAAGUAGGAGCGUCAUCAAUUUUGAGAAUGGUAGACAAAGUGUUUUCUUUGAACUUCAUCACUGGCGGAACAUUUCUAAAGACCAAAUACUUUGGUGGAUAUCGUAGGAAGAUUAACAAUGCAAUAGAUGUGGAGAGAUUUUCAUAUGCUGUCUUGAUGGAAUAUGUGAAAGAAGAUUGUUCUUUUGAAGAAAUUGGAGGUGUUUAUGUUCCCAAUGCCAACAAAUUAGGAUGGAAGUUGCUCACAAAUGACAAUGAUGUUAUAAAUUAUGUGCUUGCGCAUGAAAAAGAUGAUGUUAUUGAUUUUUGGAUCGACAAUGUAGCUGAUGAGGAAAUCCCUCCAAUGGAUCAGAAUCAACCACAUGUUAUUGUAAGGCCAAGAAAGUGCAUCUUAACAGGAUCAAAUAAUCCACCAAAGAGAAAUGUUUUCAUGCUAAAGUCUGCUAAAAAACAUCAUGAAAAAGCAAAAGAAAAAAAAUGCAUCGCAGAAAAGAGCAAAAUGAAGGCAAAUGACAAGUUGGGUGUCAAACAUGUUGGUGGACACGAUUCACAUUUUGGUAAGGAUGAUAUGAGUCCAUUGAAGGCAAGAUCAUAUGAACAGAUCGGGUUGGAAAACAUUGAAGCUAACAAUGAACGCUUGACUGCACUUGGGUUGAGUAAGUUAUCUGUAGAAUUGGAAUCUCGUGGUCCAGAAUAGAAAAGGAAAAGAAAACUAGGGAGUCUAGAAGAAGGCCAUCAGAAAACGAAGGUAGAAAAUGUGAAACAAUAGUAGUUUUUAUAUUCUUUAGCUAAAAUAAUUAUUUGUAAUCCAGGCCUUGGUGGAAAAGACCAAGGAAGCAUCUUGGCCAAAAACACGCUCCAGAUCCCAUGUGCAUCAACUGUUUGAUGAAAAUGAAUGUGUAGUACCAACUUCUAAACAUGUACUAUUUGUAGUCAGCUCUCAAGUUAUUAUCUUUAUGAUUGGUAUAAAUUAAUCAAUAUUUUUGUUAUUUCUUAUUUCUUUCUUUAUCUAAUUUAACAUGAUUUACCUAUGGAUUGUAUUAAUCUGGUGCAUAGGUUCUUAGAAUUUAUAUUUUUCUGACUUAUUUUGCAAAAGAUCAUUACUGAACUAGUGCAGAAGUGCACUCGUAAAGAGCCCUUAAAAGACCAUAAUGAAUUAAGAAAUGGAGAGAUAGGAUCUAUGUCUGCAUAUCUAGCUUUGAAGAAGAAAAGGCAAACGAUUGAAGUCAGAAAUGAGGGAGAUUCAAUCGAGAUGCAGGAUGCAGUGGUUCAACAUGACAAUACUGAAAUGGAACAAGAAGCACCUAAGAAAAGUACUCAUGAAAAUCAGCGAGAGAAAAAGUGUAGAGGACCAACGAGAAUGUUUUCUGUCCAUACAAGAUAUGAAGAAGAAAAGAAAGUGAUUGACUUGAAUGAGUUCGAUCAACCGGUGGCAAAUGAUGAUAAGACAGUACAAUUUCAGAAUUCAGUAAUUUCUUGGGAACUUUAGCAAGACAGUGUGUGCCUCUUUGUUGUGUCAACUGGCAUGCAUAUCCUCAUAAAGAAGCCUUGUGGACAUAUGUCCAGAUAAUAAUUUUUGUUAAAGAAAGCAUUAAACCUUUUAGACAUAUGUGUGGGUUAAAAAACUAUGUGUAUAUUGCUUAAAAUGUAAUGUUUGCUUCAGGAAUAAUACACAAUAUCUGGUGAGGGAAAAACUUGGGUAUUGAAG